UUUUACGUUCGCGAUUUUGCUUCAAAAUUCCUACUGAAUUGCUACUAAAUUUCUGCGGUUUCGUGCGGUUUGCGCUUCAAUCAAGACUUCAACAACAGUUUCCAAGACCAAAAUUAGGUAAAGUUUAUGAAUUUUUUACUUUGAUUUUGUCAAAGUGGUGCUCUCCUUUCUCCCUUUUUGUGGUUGAUUUUGGGUUUUUUGGAGGAAAUUAGGGUUGGGAGUGAGAAUGUGUUAAGUGUGUUGGAAUUGUUAAGGGUCCUGACAUCGUUCCUCCUCCCCCUUUAUGCAAAAAUUGAGAUGUCUUCAGAAGAGGCCAUGAGUGUAGUGGGGAGCGAAGUGAUGCCCCUGGAUUACGAUAGUAUGGAUUCGGAGAGCAGUCCGUCUCCAACUAGUUCGGAGAGGACGGUGGAGGAGAAGAGGGAUCAUAGGGUGGUAGAAGAGGAAGAAGAUGAUAUUCCCUCCAACAUUUUGGAGGCUGGGAAUAGGGUAGAUGGGUGUUAUGACCCGGAUUUAGAUAUAGUAUCUGAGGCUGGGGGUAGGGGGGAGAAGGGGUGGUACUACUUCGGCGCUCGGUCUUCCAGUAAAGGGGAUAGGAGUUUAUUCUCUGCUGGACCAUCAUCCAUCAAAGGGUGGAAAGAAAAAUUCUUCUUUGUGGAUGACACUGAGUGGAGUAGGAGGGAUGCCGAAGUGGAACAGUUGUCUGCUUGGAAAGCGAAGAAAACCAAGCAGAACAACUAUAAGUUGAAUGAGGAUGAGGUGAAGGAGGUGGAGAAGCUGGUGAGGGAAGAUGGAGACGUAGUGGAUAUCUUGUACCUCACCAGUCCGAAGGCAAUAGAGGCUACUGAGCUCUAUGGGCCAAGCUCAUUGAGCGAAGCUGAGAUGGACGAGUUCAUUAAUGCGGUUGGGGGCCUGCACAUCCCAAAGAAGCCAAGGAAGAAGUCAAAGACUUCAACUGCGGCGGAGAAGGGGGUGGCAGAGAGGGGCCGACUGUCCAGCACUUCUGCUCGGGCUGUGGAGGUGCAGCCAAGGCCGGAGCCUGUGAUGGGGGGUAGCGAGGAUGUAAGUGAGGAGGUGGCACCUCUCCAGAGGAAGAAGAGGAGGGUGGCAGAGCCAAAAGCCAGGGGGGACGAGGUGGUGGAGUUCGUGCCUCGGCCUUCUCCUCCAGAAAUCAAUCCUGAAGACAGGGAGAGGGAAGAGGUCGAGGUCCGAGGCCUUGGUGGGGGCAAGGAGCGCAUCCCUCCUCACGCGAUGCAGGCGAAGGAUGAGGUGGUUAGCCAUGUGGGGUAUACCGUUGUGAGGCAUGCCCUAGAGAGUGCAAGCUGGACAAACGUUCUAGCGCAGGAGUAUGCGGAGAGUGAGAAGAGGGAGAUGCAGAGGAGGCUGGAUGAAGUUCUCCCUUCAGUGACCGAGCUCCAGAAUGAGAAUGAUGUCCUAAGCGCGAAGCUUGUCCUCAAAGAACGUAAAAGGAAGAUCUGUGAGGAGAAGCUUGAGGCUCAGGACAAAUACAUUGACAACAUGAGGAAAGGAGUAGCGGAGCUAAAAAAGAACGUGAACAUGCUGGUUCACAACGGGAUGGAGGAGCACAUUGGCAACUUCCUCAACUCCAGCACCUUCGAGAACAUCCUCAAGCUAUACCGGCUUCCAACGGCAAUCCUAGCCUUCACCGACUGUAGGAAGAAGGUGAAGGCCCAGUAUCUAGAGGUGGACGUGACAACGGUCACCUUUGGGGAACAAGAGGGAGGAGUAGAGGAGGAUGGUGAGAGUCUCUGUGCUGACUUCCAGCCUCAGAUUUCUCUAAGGUGGGAGCGUGAUGCAGAGGGGCGCACCAUUUUUCCUCCAGCCUUUGACACAGGGUUGGUGGCCGUGGAGGAAGAAGGAGAAGAAGAAGAAAGAGCGCAAGGCGCUGGAGUUGAGGAUCAGGCAGCAAUGGCCGAAGUGCAGCCUCCCGAAGUGCAUCCAGUCUCUUCUGACGAGGUGCAGCAGCUGGCUCCUCCUGAAGCAGAAGUGCCGCCCCUGCCUACUGGAGAUGAACCGUCCCAACCCCCUCUCCCUGUGGAGGAGCAGCCUCCUCCUCCAGCAGAGUAGCUUAGGUUUUGUAUUUUUAGUUAUAUUUGUAGAUAACUUUUUGUACUUGAUUGGUUACUAAUUUAUAAAAUUUUUGAAGUUAUUUUGAUGUUGUGUUCGUUAUUUUUGUUUCAAGUAAAUCACUUCAGAUGAA